UAUGAAUAACCCUUCUCGUUUUCAAUAAAGUUCGAAUACUUAAAGUACAAAUUAUUUACCUGCUUGGAAACAAUAGGAUUCUGAAGAAAGAAAGAAAUAUCAAAUAAUCCUUUUACCUGUCAAUCAACCAAGAGAGGAUUACAUCAUUAGUUCAAUUUAUUAGAUGUUUAAUACUCAAAACAUAGAAGUGAAUAAACUCAUUUAUUAUUACUUUUAUAAGCUAAAAGAGAGUGGACCUCAUUAAUUCUUAACAAAUAAAUUAUACUAGGUUUAAUAAGAAGAAUUAGAGUUCUUUAUUCCUUAAUUAGUGUAUAUAACAUUUUGAUAUCAUUUAGGUAUAUACUUAUAAAGAAUGAUUCCCCUUAUUUAGAGAAGUUCAUAACAACAUUGUGUAACAAAAGCAUUGCAUUGUAUUAAUUAGUUAAAUGGUGUUGGGUCUCAUAUUCUGACAGAGAUAGAACAGAUAAGAACAAAAUGAAGAGGUUGUAAAGAAUAGAUGAUGUAAAAAAUUACAAUUACUAUUCUAGUAAUUUGAAUAAUCAAUGUUAACAUUACACAAUGAUCACAGUGCAGUCAAAAUUCCUAAUUUAUAAUUAAAAUCAUACCAAAAUGUUGUAGAUCUCUAUCUAAAUAAUCUGAUUUAAAUGUCCUUGAUACUUAAAACAUAUAAACCAGAAGAAAGAAAGCCAAAAUUAAAAAAUUUUAUUACAAGAGCUAAUGUAGCAUUAGAGAAAUACCGAUUAAAACAUUAAGAAUAUUACUUUUGCUAAGGAAUUACAGUACCUUUUACUAUGAGCAAAGAUUAAAAUGUUGCAGUGCAUUCAAAUUUAGUAGUUAGAAUUAUAGAGGGAGAAUGCUCAUGUUUCAACACAAAAAAAAGGGUUCCCUAUAGAAUAGUUGUAGAAACCAUAGAGUAUUUGAAAACAUUAUUCUAGUCCUCAUGAAUUGAAAUAUAAACAACCAAAAAAGACUACAAAUAAUUCAAUCACCAAUAAUCGAUCAUUAGCUAAUUUAGAUGAUGAUACUAUGGAAGACUUCUUAUAAGCUGAUUUAAAUCAACCAAAUAAAUAGGUAAUAGAAAAAAAAAUGGAAGAAUUGGCUAAAAAUAGAAAUAAAAAAGAAUAUAAUGAUCUUAUGAAAAUAACAUAAAAUAAAGAACCAAAGAAUGGAAUGAAAGUAUUUAAAGAGAUGAUGAGUGCUGUUUAUUUAACUAAAAAAGAGAAAACUACAGAGAAUGAGUAAGAUUAGGAAUUAAUUUUAAAAGAACAAAUAAUGAAAAAUCUAUAAAUAUAUAAGUAAUGUACAAAUGCAAUAGAGGAAGAAAAAUUCUAAAAAAAUAGACAACGGUAAACAAAUCACAUUAUUUAAAAGGUUCAAUAUUUUAUUCCCUGAGAAAACUAAUGAGAGAACUUAAUCAUGCAUUCCCAAAUUAAAUAGCAAAUAUAGAUAGCAAGGUUAGAGAAAGGAUAAAAAUUAUUGGUUAAAGCUAUAUAAGGAGAAUUCAAGAAAUGGAUUUAGACAUAAACACAAAUCCAUAAAAUAAUUAACUGCACUAGGGAGAGUCAAAUUCUUUAAAGAGUUGAUAUUAUGUAUUGAGUUAAAUAAUUUAGUUUGUCCCAAAUAAGAAGAGGUUUUAAAAAAAAUAUAUGUACAUCUUUAAUAUGAUUUGAUUGAGAAAAAAUUAGAAAAAAAUAAAGUUGAUAUCCAUUAGGAUGGAAUAGAAUUACAUAGUAAAUUUGGGCCAUGGGAUGAAUUAUGGGAAGAUAGAGCUGAAAUGAUAAAGAGAGAAAGUCCGUACCAACAUUUUGAAACUUACCGUCUGAAACCUAUUAUUGUUAAAGGAGGAGAUGAUUUAAGAUAAGAACUUAUGACCAUGCAAAUUAUUUAUAAGAUGUAUUAGGCAUUUUAGAGUCAUGGUUUGAAUAUGUAUGUGAAGGCUUAUGAAAUUAUAGUUGUAAGUGCAAGUUCAGGUAUUCUGGAAUUUUGUGCAGAUACUAUUUCUAUAGAUGGUUUGAAAAAGAAGUACCCAGCUUGCAAAUCCCUUGUUCAUAUUUAUAAAGAAAUAUUUCAAUAGGAUUUUGAAGAAGCUUAAAUGAGAUUCAUUCAGAGUCUUGCUUCUUAUUCAAUUAUAAGUUAUUUAUUAUAAAUAAAGGAUAGACACAAUGGUAAUAUUUUGAUCGACAGUAAGGGAAGAUUAAUACAUAUUGAUUUUGGAUUUAUUUUAUGCAUUUCUCCUGGAAAUCUGAAUUUUGAAAAGGCUCCUUUUAAAUUGACUCAAGAAUAUAUUGACUUAAUGAAUGGAAGAAAUUCUGAUCUUUUUUUAUAUUAUAAGAAUCUUAUGUAUAGGGGAUUCAAAGCACUAUAAGGUUAUGUUGAUGAGAUAAUAAUGAUCAUCGAGGUUAUGAUGUAGGAUAGUGACUUGCCGUGUUUCGAGAGAUUUGACAUCAAAGAAUUUAGAGAUCGUUUCAAAGAGGAGGCUAACGAUGAAGAAUUGUAAAAAUAUGUUGAAAAAUUAAUUGAUUACAGUGAUAAUAAUUGGAGAACAAUUUAGUAUGAUAAUUUCCAAAGAAUGACCAAUGGUAUAAUGCCAUGA